AUGUCUGCAUCCAUAAAACCUUCUCCAGUGGAAGACAAAGGCAAGGCUGUUAAGUACGAAAAAAAUAUUUGGCGUUUUGACGAUGCGAUCCAUUUCUCACCUUCUUCAGAUAUCGUUAGAGAGGAUGGAGUGUUAACAGUGUCGAAAAAGGCUCAGGAGACUUCCAAUUAUCCUCAAUGGUUACCCACCUGGGAUCCGAAGUUGAGUUUUGAAGAUGAGCCUCCUUUUAGCCACGUUGACCGUGGAUUUUUUGCAGACCCUGGCCUCAAGAGAUUGUUUCCUGAAGGAGGAGCCCACAAGAUCAGCAACAUCACUCCGAAAUUGGGAUCUAAAGUGGAAGGGGUGCAGCUCUCACAAUUGACCCCUGAUCAGAAAGAUGAUCUGGCUCUUUUCGUUGCUCAGAGAGGAGUUGUCGUAUUUAGAGAUCAGGACUUGCGGGAUAAGGAUUUGGGAGAAGUCAAGAAAUUUGGGCAACACUUUGGUCCCCUUCAUAUUCACCAAACAUCAGGCGCUCCGGAAGGAUACCCCGAAUUCCAUAUCACUUUCAAGAGAGCAGGCCCUCCUAAUACGUUUAGAAAUAAAAUUUCCGCUCCUGGAUGGCAUUCGGAUGUUACCUACGAGUUACAGCCAGCUGGAAUCACUUUUUUUGGUCUGAUAGAAGGUCCAGAGGCAGGAGGAGACACUUUGUUUGCCGACGCUAUCGAGGCCUAUGAACGAUUGUCGCCAAGUUUCCAGAAAUUUUUGGAUGGCCUCCGUUUGAUCCACUCUGCCCGCGCCCAAGCAGAGGAUUCAUUGAAAAAGGGUUCUAUUCAACGGAAAAAGUUUACAUCUGAAACAGUUCACCCAUUAAUUAGGUAUCACCCUGUUUUAAAUAAGAGAUCUAUCUUUGCUAAAGCUUUCGGUACAAAAAUUGUUGGACUUAAGCAGGAAGAAAGUGAUCUGAUUUUGAAUUUCAUUCAGCGUUUCAUUGCUACUGCCUUGGACCUGCAACUACGUGCAUCAUACGAACCAGGAACCGUGGUUGCAUGGGAUAACAGAAGAGUAUUUCACUCAGCUGUCAAUGACUUCGGCGAAGAUGAUCCUGCAAGACAUUGUUUCCGAAUCACCCCUCUUGCUGAAAGGCCAGUAGGUUCAAAAGAAGAGUAUGAAUCCUGGUCUCCUAAUGGAAGGGAAAGAACUGUUGAAGAAUGGGAGGAUCUGUAUAAAGACGGUAUUCCAAACUUGAAGGAAAUCUUUUUGGGAAACCUGGAUUAG